CAAUUAGACUUAAACAGAGUUUACCAGCUGGACAUUUAGUAUAGGGGGAAAAGUAUGCGUGUGUGUGUGUGUGUGGAGGUGUGUGUGUGUAUGCGAGAGAGAGCAAGAAAGAGAGAGAGGAAAGGGGGAGGAGAUACAAAAGGGAGGAACAGAGUGGAGAGGAAAGGAGAGAGACAUAGUAAGGAGGUUUAGGAACAAGAGGGAGUUGUUGCGGGUAAUACAGUACAGACAGACAAACACAACUCAUUUUCCUCCUGCAGCUUCCAGCCGCAGUGCCAGCCCGUGUAAAACAACCAGGAGUGGAAGUGCAGGCGACAGAGAAAGGGAGUUGCCUCCUAGCAGAGGUCAGGCAGGCAGGCAGAGGGGAAGCCGGUGGAUGUUUUUAAGAGUUUGCUUAUCUGACACUGACAACAGGAUGAGAAGCUGAGCAAGGGAGCAGAGAGGGGAGAAAAACAUGGAGCGCGCACCGUUACCUACAGUCCAUUUACAUAGGAGGCUUAGGGGAGACAUGCGGCUCUGAGAGAGGCACAAAAAAAAAGAGAAAGAGGUAAACUUUGUCCACUCUGCCCAAAGGAGCGGGAGCGAGAGCCGAGGGAUCGUAACACUGGAGCUCAAGGAUAAACCAUGGACUCUGCAUACAUCCCACCACACCUGGACGUCCACCAUGUUCCCUGCUAACCUCCUGCUCCUCAUGGUCUUGCUGCUACCUCAAGUCUCGUCUGGUCGCCAGGGUGGAGACACCAGCGAGAUCGAUCAUGGCAGGGUGUCCCCCACACCUUCCCCCUUGUCACCCCUGUCAUCCCUCCUGGAUCCCAGUCUGGCUCAGACCAUCCAGACUCUCCUCUUGAACCGGCUGGGCCUGCAGUCUCAGCCUGAACCACAGUCUGGUGUGUCGGUGCCGCGGUACCUCCUCGACCUUUACCGCUUCCACCGGCAGGAGUACCAUCUAGUGGAGGACCCUUCGUUUAGUUUCCCCAGCCAGCACAUCCAGCAGGCCAACACUGUACGCAGCUUCCACCACAACGAUCCCCUUGGAGACAGUGGCUUUGGAGAGGAUAACACAAGAGUGCACAUCUCCUUCAAUAUCUCCUCCAUCCCUCAGGAUGAGAGGGUGCUCUCUGCUGAGCUCCGGCUCCUCCGCAGCGACCGAGCUACUCUGGGCCCCGGGCCUCACAGACUAAACUUAUACCUCUCUGAGCACCAUGGGGACCCUGAGCCCACCCUGCUGGAGACAAGGUUACUCAAAAAUGGCGUCCACAGUCAUAAACCUAGUGGUUUCUGGGAAGCUUUUAGCCUAAGUGCAGAUCUCUUCCACAAGGCCCAGGCUCAAACCGGCAGCCUGGGCUUCCUCCUGGAGGUCAAACCUGAAAACAGCACCACCUCACUUCCUGACCAGAGCUUCUCCCCUGCAGCAGGCGAGAAGGAAGCAGAGAAACAAAAACAGGGACACUUGAGGGUAUGCAGGUCUGUGGGGCAGGAUGAUCACAGCUGGGCUCAGGAGAGACCCCUCUUGGUGACUUAUAGUCAUGAUGGUCGCGGGGAGCCUCUAGUCAAACACGGAAGGAGAACCCCUGGUAAUGGCCAGAGGAUGAAAGUUAGAAACGGGACAAAAGUGAGAGGCAGGAAAAGCAAGAAAAGGGGGUAUACCAUGCCCGGCUUGGGCAGCAGUAAAGGAGGAGCCAGCUGGAGUGAACCCGGAAGGGUGAAAAGAAAUGGAGGCCGCGCUGCAAAACUGAAACGCCUCUCUCGCAACAGAUGCCGCCGCCAUCCCCUAUACGUAGAUUUCAACGACGUGGGCUGGCACAAGUGGAUCAUCGCGCCCAGCGGCUACGACGCCUUCUUCUGCCUGGGAGAGUGCCGCUUUCCUUUGGCCGACCACAUGAACUCCUCUAGUCACGCCAUGGUGCAAACUCUGGUAAACUCUGUGAAUACUGCCGUGCCCCGGGCCUGCUGCGUCCCCACCUCCCUCAGCCCCAUCGCCCUGCUCUACCUGGACCACGAAGACCGAGUGGUCCUGAAGAACUAUCAGGACAUGGUGGUGGAAGGCUGCGGCUGCCGGUAGUGGGCCGCAGAACUCAAGCCCAGAGACACUCACAUGGACAGAGGGAGCAUCGUGGGAAUAGGGAAAAGAGCAGAAGCAUGAAAAGACAGAUGAUGGGAAAGAGAGACGGUAGAAGCCAGCUAACUGCAAGCAGACUGAUAGAGACAAAUGUAGCAGCAAAAGAAGGAUGAGUGGAGGGAAGGGAGAUAAGGGAAUGGAUAUAGCAGCUAAAUCAUCAUUAUUAAGAGCAAGAAAAGAGGUCAGACGCAGAAAGUGAAGGAACAGAGUGAAAGAAACAAACAGCCUCUGCCACUCACCAAGAUAAAUGAUUAGAUAGAUUAUAAUUGUCCUACUUUGCAAAAGACGCAGCUGUGUACAUCAUCAACCUGACGGGCUGCUUGUUCCCUCAUGAGGACCCAGCGCUUCAACGUUGGAAGGUCUGCAUCCGCGUUCGCCACUCAUCUACCUAGCUCUGACAAAGUUGUCCUGCAGGCCCAUGUGCUUAGCUUUUGCGGAAGGCAGCUGAAAUGGUAAACGCUCAGUCACGGACAUAUAUUUAAAGUUUUGGAGCAGAGUUUACGCAAUUCUGUACCUUUCUGACGGAUGAUUGACAGCGUUAGCAAUACGACAAUGGCACCAGCAUGGUAUCUAAAGUUUGCGUGAGCGCUUUGUUUCUGCAGUAUUUGAAUCUGUUUUUAUGGAAGCUAAUAUAAUGACAGACUGUCCCUUACGAGCACCCGUACAUCACAAGCUAUUUAAAAACCACGACAAUAAUGCUGAGGAACUAUUAUGCUAUUAUUUGAAUGUACUACUAUCACUAUUAUUUAAAAAAAAAAAAAUAGAGAGAGACUUUUUUUUUUGUAAAUUUCUUUUGCAGACGUGAAGAAAAUCCAAGUGAUGGUUGUCUUGUGAUUAUACAUAGUUCCGCUGAAUGACGAUUCUAACUUAAAGACACAUUAUGUAUUUAAAUAGCAGCAAUAUGGUGUAUUUAAUCUUGAGAAUAUUUAAGAUACCUGCACUCAACAGAGCAUAAAGUGAAAGCCUGCCGUCCACAUGAAGUAAGUUAUGGUAGCUUUACGUCCAUACAAAUGUUCAGUGUAUUGAAUUAACAGCCUGUGUUACUUCUCACCUCGUCAUUGCACACAUUUUGGUGUACAAUAGCAGACAUAAGUGGCGUCGCCUUUAAAAAGCUCAACUAACAAGUCAGUCGAAAGCUCUGUGUAUUGUAGCUACUGAAGUGUGUAACAACAGGUGUCUUUGCUAGUUGUGUCUGCAUGUGUCGAGAAAAAUAAGAGGAAGACAGAUAUUAAAAACUGGGACUUUAGUGCCUUUUAAACAGGGGCUUUAAAAGUGUUCUCUGCUGAGCUUAGUAAUUGUUUUUCAGUGUUGCAUUUUUCUCUCCAAGUGGAAACAUUUAAGCAACAGCUUGUAAAAUGUUUGACAAUAUACCUCUAAUAAACAGAGCAAACAGCACAA